AUGCCGCCCUCGGGGCUGGUGCUCCUGCUGCUGCUGGUGGGCGAGUCCGAGGCUCCUCCGGCCUCCUCCCCGGCGCCCUGGUGCCCCUUCCAGGCCUCGUCCUCCCCGGGUGGGCUCUGCUUCCGACUCCCGGCGCUGGGCUUCCAAUGCCAGCCGCGGAGCUGCACGGCGCACCGCUCCCCCGGCAGCGCGCUGAGGGCCAACGUGCUCCGCAACGGUAGUGUCCUCCUCCAGUGGGCCUGGCCCCCGCCCGGCUCACCUCCUUCAAGCCCACCUCGGGGAUUCCGCCUCUCCUGCUCGUGGGAAGGCCCCGAGGCGCGCUUCCCGUGCGACAGCGUCCGCCUGGGCGCCCACUGCCGCGACUACCUGCUCCCCGAGGCGCACGGGGGGCUCCGCUACCGCCUCUGCCUCCAGCCCCUCUUCGCGCCUGAGGGGGAGAAAGGCGGCGACGAGGCCUCGCCCCCGGAGUGCGUGGAGUUCGCCGCCGAGCCCGCGGGGCCCCGGGACAUCGUGGUCGCCAUGGCCGCCGUCGGGGGCGCCAUCUGCGUCAUGCUGGUCCUCAUCUGCCUCCUCGUGGCCUACCUCACCGAGAGCCUGCCCCCCGCCAGGCCCGCCGGAGGGACACAAGCCUGACCCCAGGAAAGGGCUCGUCCACCACGGCGGACUGACAGGAAAAGCUCUGCCAAGAUGGCGCCCUGAGGGAAUGGCUUUUACAAGACAGCGGCCUGAGGGAAUGGAGUUUACAAGAUAUGGCCUGAGGCAAUGGCGUUUACAAAAUGGCGGCCUGACAGGAAAAGCUCUUCCAAGAUGGCGCCCUGAGGGAAGAGCUUUUCCACAAGGACCUCCCAAAGGAUACGGCCUGAGGGAAUGGCUCUUCCAAGAUGGCACUCUGACAGGAAAAGCUCUUCCAUGAUGGCGGCCUGAAAGAAUGGCGCUUACAAGAUGGCUGCCUGAGGGAAUGGAGUUUACAAGAUGGCGCCCUGACAGGAAAAUGUCUUCCAUGAUGGCGCCCUGAGGGAAGAGCUCUUCCAUGAGGACCUCCCAAAGGAAACGGCCUGAGGGAAUGGCUCUUCCAAGAUGGUGGCCUGAAAGAAUGGCUCUUACAAGCUGGCGGCCUGUAGGAAUGGCUCUUACAAGAUGGCAACCUGAGGGAAGCUCUUCCCUGAUGGCACUCUUCCAUGAGGACCUCCCAAAGGAAACGGCCUGAGGGAAUGGCUCUUCCAAGAUGGUGGCCUGAAAGAAUGGCUCUUACAAGCUGGCGGCCUGAAGGAAUGGCUCUUACAAGAUGGCAACCUGAGGGAAGCUCUUCCCUGAUGGCGCUCUUCCAUGAGGACCUCCCAAAGGAAACGGCCUGAGGGAAUGGCUCUUCCAAGAUGGCAACCUGACAGGAAAAGCUCAUCCAAGAUGGUGGCCUGAGGGAAUGGCUCUUACAAGAUGACGCCCUGACAGGAAAACGUCUUCCAAGAUGGCGCCCUGAGGCAUGAGCUCUUCCAUGAGGACCUCCCAAAGGAAACGGCCUGAGGGAAUGGCUCUUCCAAGAUGGCGGCCUGAAGGAAUGGCUCUUCCAGGAUGGCAGCCUGAGGGAAUGGCAUUUACAAGAUGGCAACCUGACAGGAAAAGCUCUUCCAAGUUGGUGGCCCAAGGGAAUGGCAUUUACAAAAUGGUGACCUGACAGGAAAAUGUCUUCCAUGAUGGCGCCCUGAGGGAAUGGCUCUUCCAAGAUGGCGACCUGACAGGAAAAGCUCAUCCAAGAUGGCAGCAUGAGGGAAUGGCUCUUAUAAGAUGGCAACCUGACAGGAAAAGCUCUUCCAAGAUGGUGGCUCAAGGGUAUGGCUCUUCCAAGACAGUGGCCUGAAGGAAUCAUGCUUCCAAGAUGGCAUGCUGAGGGAAUGGCGUUUACAAGAUGCGGCCUGACAGGAAAAGCUCUUCCAAGACGGCGGCCUGAGGGAAUGGCUCUUACAAGACGGGGGCCUGAGGGAAUGAUGCUUCCAAGAUGGCAGCCUGAGGGAUUGGCGUUUACAAGAUGGUGACCUGACAGGAAAAGGUCUUCCAAGAUGGCGUCCUGAGGGAAGAGCUCUUCCAUGAGGACCUCCCAAAGGAAACGGCCUGAAGGAAUGGCUCUUCCAGGAUGGCAGCCUGAGGGAAUGGCAUUUACAAGAUGGCAACCUGACAGGAAAAGCUCUUCCAAGUUGGCGGCCCAAGGGAAUGGCAUUUACAAAAUGGUGACCUGACAGGAAAACGUCUUCCAUGAUGGCACCCUGAGGGAAUGGCUCUUCCCUCAGGGCUCUUCCAAGAUGGCGACCUGACAGGAAAAGCUCAUCCAAGAUGGCAGCAUGAGGGAAUGGCUCUUAUAAGAUGGCAACCUGACAGGAAAAGCUCUUCCAAGAUGGUGGCUCAAGGGUAUGGCUCUUCCAAGACAGCGGCCUGAAGGAAUCAUGCUUCCAAGAUGGCAUGCUGAGGGAAUGGCGUUUACAAGAUGCGGCCUGACAGGAAAAGCUCUUCCAAGACGGUGGCCUGAGAGAAUGGCUCUUCCAAGACAGCGGCCUGAAGGAACGAUGCUUCCAAGAUAGCAGCCUGAGGGAAUGGCGUUUACAAGAUGGCGCCCUGACAGGAAAGAGCUCUUCCAUGAGGACAUCCCGAAGGAAACGGCCUGAGGGAAUGGCUCUUACAAGAUGGCAACCUGACUGGAAAAGCUCUACCAAGAUGGUGGCCUGAGGGAAGAGCUCUUCCAUGAGGACUUCCCGAAGGAAACGGCUUGAGGGAAUGGCUCUUACAAGAUGGUAACCUGACAGGAAAAGCUCUUCCAAGAUGGUGCCCUGAGGGAAUGGUGUUUACAAGAUAGCAGCCGAAGGGAAUGGCGUUUACAAGACAGCGUUCUGAGGGAAUGGUGUUUACAAGAUGGCGGACUGAAGGAAUGACUCUUACAAGACGGUGGCCUGAGGGAAUGGCUCUUACAAGAUGGUGCCCAGAGGGAAGAGCUCUUCCAUGAGGACAUGGAAUGAGGCUGAAGGAAACAGCCUGAGGGAAUGUCUCUUCCAAGAUGGCGACCUGACAGGAAAAGCUCAUCCAAGAUGGCAGCCUGAAGGAAUGAUGCUUCCAAGAUGGCAACCUGACAGGAAAAGCUCUUCCAAGAUGGUGGCCCGAGGGUAUGGCUCUUCCAAGACGAUGGCCUGAAGGAAUGAUGCUUCCAAGAUGGCAGGCUGAGGGAAUGGCUCUUCCAUGAUGGCGCCCUGAAGGGAAAAGCUCUUCCAAGAUGGCAGCCUGAGGGAAUGGCGCUUACAAGAUGGCAGCCAGAGGGAAUGACUCUUAUUUAUUUAUUUAUUUAUUUAUUUACAGUAUUUAUAUUCCGCCCUUCUCACCCCGAAGGGGACUCGGGGCGGAUCACAUUGCACACAGAUAAGGCAAACAUUCAAUACGAUAACAUAGAACAGAGACAGAGCACGGGCUGGCCUCGAACUCAUGACCUCUUGGUCAGAAUGAUUUGUCGCAGCUGGCUGCUAACCAGCCUGUGCCACAGCCCAGCUAAGAUGGUGGCCUGAAGGAAUGACUCUUACAAGAUGGCCAGUUGACAUAUGGUAGACUCUUCUUGAGCCUGCACCUAUGGGGAUGGGUAGAUGUUAGAUAAAGGUAGUAGACUCUCAGUUAACCGGAACUUUCAAAUUCAGAUAAAUAAUUUUAAGUGGAAACGUUAGUUCAAGUUUGCCUUUAUUUAUCUCAAUUGGCUUUUAAUUCCUUGAGAGUUGCUCUUAAAAAUAGAACACUAAUAUACUGCAUAUAAUACCGCACCAUAAACACAAUAUUAAAAUGCUAAUCAAAAUCACAUUAAGACAAGCUUCACUUAAUGUGACACUGUUUUACCGUAUUAUAAAAACAGUGUUGUGAAUGCAGUAAUGUCAUUAAGUUUGAUUUAUUUUGCUUGCGGGUUAGUUUAUUUAUUUACUACAUUUAUAUCACGCUCUUCUCACCCCGAAGGGGACUCAGAGCGGCUUACAAAUCAAAUGGACAUACAAUAUAUUAUUAGCACAGUACAAUAUAAGCAUUAAAUUACUAUAUAGUACUAUAUCAUUAUAUGGUAGUAUUAUUAGUAAUAUUACAUCUUCUAUAUAUAUAAAAGAGUGAUGGUAUCACGGCGACCCAUAAAACAACAAAACUACAGGCCCUCCAACCUCGAAAUUUGACAACACAACCCAUCAUCCACGCCUCUAGGUUGAUACAACAACAAAAAAAGAAAAAUAAAGUCCUAAUUAGAGAGAGAGGAAUAAUUGCUUUUAUCCAAUUGCUGCCAGUUAGAAGGCUAAGCUCCUCCAACUUGGUCUCCUAGCAACCCAAUAAAAAAUAAUAAAAAACGCUAAAAAUUAAUACAAUAAAAUACUAUACUAUAAUAACAGAAAAUAACUAAAAAUAAUACAAGAAAAUAAUAAAAUAUAAUAAAUAAAAAUAUAACUUACAAUAAAAUUAAUAAAAAAUUGCAAAUAACGUCAAAUAAAAAUUACACAACUAUUUUUAACCAAUACCACUACCACUUUGCCACAGCAACGCGUGGCCGGGCACAGCUAGUUUAAUAUAUAAUUAAUAUUAUUACAUUGUAUUAUUGAUAUAAUAUUACAGUUGCUUGUGUUCUGGUUAACGGAGAGUCUACUAUACAUGGGCCUGCUUUGGAAAGAAAUAGGGACACUCAUCCAUGGAUGGGGAUAAAUCGGGAAAGUUUUUAAAAUGAGAAAUUGCAAAGGAAAUGGACAUGAUGGUGGGCUGUUUAGGAUCCACUUUUUCUUUCUUGUUUUCUGGCACUUUAACUCGAACCACUCUGUCCGCGAUUCUUCUCUCCAAAUGUGUUAUUUGUGCGUUGUAAACACACCUACGAAUAUCCAAGAUGGGAACGUACAUCCUUUCCUAUGAAAGUGACGUAAAGCCAGGGAAGAAUGAAUGUUUCUCUGAGAGUUUUCGAAUGCCUCUUCCAACUUGCUCUGCUUUGGGACAAGUUUAUUGAACUCCCGGUUGAGUCUUAUUUCAUCACUGUGUGCAUCAAUCAAUGGAUAACUUGCUUUUAGAAGCAAACACAUGCAAAGUGGCCCUACACACCCAAAUAAAUACACAGAACUAUGCAAAUGUGUUGUCGAAGGCUUUCAUGGCCGGAAUCAUUGAGUUGCUGUGAAUUUUCCGGGCUGUAUGGCCAUAUUCCAGAAGCCUUCUCUCCUGAUGUUUUAUCCACAUCUAUAGCAGGCAUUCUCAGGUUGUGAGGUCUGUUGGAAGCUGCCAUAGAUGUAGGCAAAAUGUCAGGAGAGAAUGCUUCUGGAGUGUGGCCAUAUAUCCCGGAAAACUUGCAGCAACCCAGGAGCAAUUUCAGUUCCCAGUCUGCACUCAUUGCCUUCUGUUUAGAGCUAAUAAAAUGGAUCAAACAGAACUUUCUUUGGUACGUUUUAUCUCUCUCUGUGGACUUCCAUAUACAGUAGAGUCUCACUUAUCCAAGACUUGCUUAUCCAAGGUUCUGGAUUAUCCAAGGCAUUUUUGUAGUCAAUGUUUUCAAUAUACAGUAUCAUGAUAUUUUGGUGCUAAAUUCGUAAAUACAGUAAUUACAACAUAACAUUACUGCGUAUUGAACUACUUUUCUGUCAAAUUUGUUGUAUAACAUGAUGUUUUGGUGCUUCAUUUGUAAAAUCAUAACCUAAUUUGAUGUUUAAUAGGCUUUUCCUUAAUCCCUCCUUAUUAUCCAAGAUAUUUGCUUAUCCAAGCUUCUGCCGGCCCGUUUAGCUUGGAUAAGUGAGACUCUACUGUAUAUAUUUUAACUUGUUUACACCUUGUUUUUUGGGCUUGGCCCCAUGUUAGCCGCCCCGAGUCCCUUUGGGGUGAUAGUGGCGGGAUACAAAAGUAAAGUAUUAUUAAUAAUUAAGUAUUAACAAAGCAGAUAGGCUGCGGCAAGGUGAAGUGGCCCUCUGUGAUGUUUCUGGGAAAGAGGAGUUGAAGUGGAUUGCCUGUGACGUCUGUGCGGGGAAGGGAGAAAGAAAGGAAAGAUGUAUAAGGGAAACGGAGGAAGGAAUGAAAGUUACAAAGAGCCUGUCCAAAGCAAAACAGUUUUGAAACUGCUUUAAAUAGCUACUAGCUGUGCCCGGCCACGCGUUGCUGUGGCAAAGUGGUGGUGGUAUUGGUUAAAAAUUGUUGUGUAAUUUUUAUUUGACAUUUGCAUUUUUUAUUAAUUUUAUUGUAAGUUAUAUUUUUAUUUAUUAUAUUUUAUUAUUUUCUUGUAUUAUUUUUAGUUAUUUUCUGUUAUUAUAAUAUUUUAUUGUAUUAAUUUUUAGUGUUUUUUAUUAUUUUUAUUGAGUUGCUAGGAGACCAAGUGGGCGGAGCUUAGCCUUCUAACUGGCAGCAAUUGGAUUAAAGCAAUUAUUCCUCUCUCUCUAAUGAGGACUUUAUUUUUCUUUUCUUUUUGUUGUAUCAACCUAGAGGCGUGGAUGAUGGGUUGUGUUGUCAAAUUUCAAGGUUGGGGGGCCUGUAGUUUUGUGGGUCGCCGUGAUGCCAUCACUCUUUUAUAUAUAUAGAUUGUAGAUGGGUCCGAAGCGUGUACUGCCAUGUGCAGAUGGGGCGUCUCUUCCUCCCGGCCUGUUCUUUCCUUCCACAAGGACAUUAAUAUCCCUAAAAGCAACCUUCCCCCAACUCCUGCCUCGCUCACAAAGUAAUUACAGCUCUUAAGAAAAUGCUGCCGGGGCAUUCUUCUUUAUCAGUCCCUGAAUUUGUUCUGGCAAACGGCACAGUGGCUGGAAAUAACUCAUUCCCACCCCCUCCCGAAGCCCAGCCCGCCCUGUGAUGUCUUUUCAUCUUCCUUCUCCCUCCCACACCUAUCUCUCAAUGCAGGAAAAGGAGCCAGGAUCAAUAGGAUUGACCUUGGGCUGAAACGUGGGCCCGGAUGAUCCAUUUAGGAUGCAGAGGUGUCUGAGCAUGCUAAGCAGGAUAAUGCGAUUGUGAGCCAGAUAACUCUGCAGUUGGGGCUGGAGCACAAAGGAGUGUCAAGUCGUGACAAUUAAAUAGAAUUUCACAUCCUCAAGGGAUUCAUAGAUGGAAAGCGGGGCAUCUGUGGCCAAGCAGCUUCCUCCUCAAUAGCUUUUGCCCACAUCAGAGAUUGUGAGAUCUGUUGGAAACUAGGCAAGUGAGGUUUAUAUAUCUGUGGAAUGUUCAGGGAGGGAGAAAUAACUCUUGUCUGUUGGAGGCAAGUGUGAAUAUUGCCAUUGGCCAGCUUGUUUAGCAUUUAAUAGCCUUGCAGCUUCAAAGCUUGGCUGCUUCCUUCCUGGGGAAGUCUUUCCUUGGUGGGUGUUAGCUAGCCCUGAUUAUUUUCUGUCUGGAAUUCCCUUGUUUUCCAAGCAUAGUUUUUUAUUUAAUGUCCUGAUUUUAGAGUUUUUUUUAAUACCGGUAGCCAGAUGGGAGCCUCCGGUGGCUCAGUGUGUUAAUUGUUUAUCAUUUUAUUGUUGUAUGUUUUCAGGCUUGGUCCCCAUGUAAGCUGCUCCAAGUCCCCAUUGGGGAGAUGGGGCGGGGUAUAAAAAUAAAGUUAUUAUUAUUAUUAUUA